GAAGUGUGGCGGAGGGAGGGGAGGAUUAGAUAAUAUUGAUCACUGUCGGAGUGAAGAAUGCGUCACUGUUGUGUGAUUCACCUUUCUCUGGCUGAUAAUGGAAAAGUUACUCCAUUUCACCGCAGAAAUUCCAUAUGGUCAAAUACAUAAGGGCGACUUUACGAUCGAUAAGAAGAUUUCUAGAAAGAUCAUACAGAGACAUCUAUCGACUGUAACUUUUAUCUUUUGCUGUGUCAAUGACGUCACGAGUUGACAAGUGUCUGAUUUCCCAGCGUGAAGGAUUGAUGUUGUUACAGUGACAAUGUGUUCACGUUAUUUCGUUAACUUUUUGGAAAUAAUCUCGUGAUAAGAAACGUAAACACGAAAUAAUUAAUAAUUAAAUGGAGGCAAAGCUUGAGGCGUAUAGAACGAAAAAACGUCGAGAAGCGAUGGUGGAAAAGGCGAAAAAUUCUAUAAAAGGAGUUUUGUCUUGGAAAGAACAGCCUGUACCUUUGUUGUCCCAAAAACUUGAGGACAGAGAUGACUUGGAGAGUAUCACCUCGGAGGAGAGCAUCGACUUAUCCCCGCAGAGAAACUCAACAAUUACACAAGUGACUUAUUUCCUUUAUUUCUUACUGUGGGCCACACUCUACGUCAUAGCACUGCAGUUUGAGUUCGGUGCUGUUUACUUUAUACUCUCGGCUUUGCUAUUUAUAUGGAAAAAUACGAGGUCAGGCCCCAAGAAAAAAGGAGAGAUCAGUGCUUACUCUGUUUUUAAUCCCAAUUGUGAGGCCAUUCAGGGAUCGAUUAAUAUGGAGCAAAUUGAAAGGGAGAUGGGAUGGGGAACGCACAGUUGAAUUGCACAUUUUAUUGUUGAAAUAAUUUGAUAAUUAAGUGAUAAAAUAAUUUAUAUGCCAUAUCAAAUUUUUAACAAGAGACGAGCAUUCGCCGACUUCCAAGUAUUGUUUAAUACUUUCAUAAUUCAACAGUUUAUAUUAAUUGCAACUGCUCAUUCUCGAAAAAUAUGAUUUUCCAAAGUAUAAGAGAUUGUUGUGAUUUUUUUUCAAGGUAAAAAUAAUCACUGACUAUGAAUGAAAUCAAAUGGAAUGGAAUCUUUCAUUACAGGAAGUGAGCCGUUUGAGUGACUAAUUGAAAUGAUUCUAACACAACUGUUUAUUGAACUUUGAUUUAAGGCAUGCCCUUUAAUAUUUGAAUGACUGUAUCAAAACAUGAGAGCAUUUUCUCAAGAAUUUGUUCAAUUUCUUGAUUUUUCUGUGAUUCGGUAAUUAAUACAACGUCAGUUUGUGAUUGAAACUUAUCGUCAGGGCACAUGAGAGCUUUUUCCACGUCUUUCAGCAAAUCGUUUGUCAUUCGCACUGCUAGAGACCUAGAGACAUUCAUAAAAAUCAUAUGGUUGCGAAUAAAUGUGUACUAAAGUUUUUGUAUUGAUAUUAAUAAAUGAAAGUUGUGGAGUUAA